GGUUUUCUGUGUUAGUACUCUUGGUGAAUUCCUUUUUAUUUCUUAGGUGGUUCAAAUGUAUACAAAGUGCUGUGGAUACAUACGACAAAAAACUGAAGUCAAAUACGACAGUCACUGCCAGUAGUACUGUAUCUACGCCAACGACUACAAAUAGUACGUCCAUAACAUCAACACUAACAGCAGCAACAACAACAACAACAACAGCAACAGCAACAACAACAGCAGCAACAGCAACGACAACAGCAGCCACAACACCAACAACAACAACAACACACAGCACAACGGAAGCACAGAGAAAGACCGACAGUAUUGGAACAGACCAGCUACAACCCGAUACUGGUGGUUUGAAAGAUAGAGAUGUUGUAGAACACCUUGGUCAAUUAACCGAUGAAAGAUUGAAUGUGGAGAAGGCCGAUGAGGCCCACCAACCAGAAGCACAUUUUGCUGGUCCGGAAGAUGUCAUCAUAUCUGAUGUAGCGAUUGCACGUGCUGAGUCAGUACAGUCUCCUAUUGAGAAGCUGCGCCAGAAUGAGGAACUUGUCCGAAAAAUGCAGAAGGACCGAGAAAAAAUAAUUGCUGAAUUACUCAACAUUCCCUUCGAUGAUUAUGAUCAUAUUGUUGAGAUGGCGUCUGAGAAGGCGAUGGGUGAAAAGCGGCGACAGCAGCAGCAACAGCAGCAGCAGCAGUUUGUGGAUCUCCAGGAGGUGAUAUUAGCCUGUUCGUACCAUAGCAAAGAACUCCUCGAAAUCAUGAUCACUACCGUACCAUCACAUGGGCUUGUGGCCAACUCUACGACCACUCCAGAUCUUCAUCCAACCACUGAUAGUUUGUCUGCUGUGGCAACGAAGGGAGAUAACCCACAAGUUGCUAUUCCCAUCCCAUACAGUAAACUGCAAGACAUGAAUAACAAGUUAAACAGUCUAGUGACUAAUAUGUUGUCAGUGAUACAUGAUGAUGAAAGAAUCCGACUCCGAGAAGAACUGAAGCUUGCUCAAGAACAAGUUCAGCAAUUGCUUGAAGCUAAGCGCCUUAUGUCUGCUGGUACUGCCAGCAUGCCAAGUUCGCUGACAAUGAGUGCAAGUAGCCGACCGCAUAGUAUGAUUUCUACAACAUCCUCUGCAUCAGAGCAAUAUGAAGAACCAUUGCCAGACCCGGUGGACAUGGCUGAAUCGAAAGGUCCCAAAGAGACACCCACUUCUUCUCAGCCAACCUCAGACCAGCAAAUGUGUGACAAGAAUGACUCUCAACAAUCAACAACAAAAGAUUCUGUAGAGAGUGAUAACGAUUUCUUUCAGGAUGUCAGAUCCUCUUUAACAGAAAUGCCGUCAGUGAAGCCUGACGCAGAAAACAAUGACCAUGUACCAGAAACGAGCUGUGAAUCAGAAAGUUGUAAUACUGAAGAAGUCAAAGAACAAGCUGACAAUUGCUCCACGACAUUAGCUGAUUGUGACAGUAUACCCCAUUUAAACCUCUGUGAUGAUAUGGAUUCAGUGUACGACAUGCCAGAUGAUACUAAACAUCAAAGCGGACAUAUGGAGCCUUUAAAAAUUUAACUUCUUUUUUUAAUUGAAAAAAGAACACAAACAAAUAUAUAUAUGUAUACAUAUAUGUAUAUGAAAUCAAACCACAGAAAGAAUGAUGAAUAUAUUUCUUUCUAAAUUUAAUUUUAAUUUUUUUUUUUUUUUUUAAAUUUAAAAGAAAAAUAAUUCGAUUCUUCAUGAGAGCUGUUGCCUAUCUAAUUUUGGUUAGAUAUAAUGCAUAAAGCCACUGUUUUCACCAUCAACUAAUCACACAUCAUUACUUGAUCUCUGUCUUUACUUCUGGCUGCCUUACAUACAUACAUAGAAAUACCCACGCUCACACAGUUACCACACAGACAUUUCAGUUAAGAAGAAUGACCCCUCCCUCUCUCUUUUUUUUUUUUUUAAGUGCUUAUUUUCCUUCCCCUAAAUUCUGUUUGUAAAGGAAAGAAAAAGAAAAGAUCAAAGAAAUACAUAGUUUGCUUCAUCUGUAUCAAACAUACUCAACAUUUUCUAGGCUGGAAAUUUUAUUCUUCAUUGUUUUAGUCUUAUCAUACUUUUAUUUUAAUUAAAUAAUAUUGUAGAUAAAUAAAAGUCAGUUUGUAAAAACUGUCCCUCAACUUAAUCCCUUAUAAUCCCUCUAAUCCCUUAACAGAAUACAUUUACAACCAGUUAUUUAAUGGAGCCGAAAAUUUUAGUUUUUCAGAUUUUUUAACAUAUUUAUUGUUUACUUUUAAUAUUUUAAUAUUUAUUCUGAAAAUUAAUAAUGAACAGGAUAAAAGAUUUUAAAUUACCCCUCUCCACUAUUUUUGCUUUGAUUGUUAUUAGAAUUUUCUAGAAUAUAAUCUCUUGUUUGUUAGGCAAACAACAACAAUAGUAAUAAUAAGUUCUGUACCUAACAAACUAAUUUUCUCUUAAUAAUGCAUGCCUAGCAAAGUAGAAAGCCUUAUCUCUAAAUACAUCUUGUAAACAUUAUAUGCUAAAAAAAAUUGUAUGUUAUAAUUUGAAGGUAGAUCCAAUUAGAUGCUGGUGUCUUAACUAGGAAGUCAUUUUAGUUUUCAUGUUGCUCUGUUAUUAAAACUCAUUCAUUAUCAUCUGUUUAAUGAAACCACUGUUGAAAGCCACACCUAUUUGUGUUAAUAACUAUUAACUAGCUUAAUUAUUUAAGAAGAAAAAAAACACAAGCAACAAACAUUUGUGUAAAUAUUACUAUCCCUUAUGUGCCCAUCAUAUUUAGAAAGCUUCCCCCCAUUAUAUAUAGUUGUUUCCUGUAAUCCUGUAAGGAUUCUGUGUCUAAAUUGAAUAUCUUGUUUUUAUCUAUUUUACUCAACGAAAUCAUAGUUUUCCUUUCUCUUUUUCCUCUCUUUUUUUUUGAUAUUUAAAAACAAAAGAGUCAUUUUAAGCUUCAAUCCUUAGAUACUAGGCCUACAAAAAUAAAUGAAACUUAGUUUAAAAAAUCAAAAUCUACAUUUAAAAUAUCCAAUACUCCAAUAAAACAUUUUAUUUUCAAUUUUAACUCUCACUUUCUCAAAAUUUCAUUUAAUUCAGAACUUAACUAUCACACAUUUUUUUACUGUUUAUGAAAGAAUUUAUUAUUAGUUUUAACAUUAGUUGAUUUCUCUUUCUUUUCUCCUGUCAUGUAAUUUAACAUCCAGAGUAAACUAUCUCAUAGUUAAGUAAUUUACAAAGAUUAUUUGACAUUAAUUAAAAUCAAACUUUAGCAGAAUUUUAAAAUUUUAACGUCAUCUAUUAUUAUGGCAUUUGAGUUGUUUAAAUUUUAAUUUAUUAAUUAGCAAACACAUCAAUGAAUAUCUUUUUCCCUCCUUUAUUAGAAAAAAAAUAAAAUUACGUUUUUGUAAAGAGUAAAGAAUAUAUUUUGAAAUUUAUAACUCACCAUUAUUACUCUUUUUUUUUUUCUUUUUCAAAAAGCACCGUGUUAUGUGAUGGAAUAACUUUAUCACAGGAUGUUCUAAGCAAACCAUAUAUUUUUUUGGUCUUCAUUGGGAAAACUGUAGUAAUCUAGACUAGAAGGCAAUUAUGACCAGCACUACAGCAUUACCUACUACUCUUUUAGUAUUGCAGGGCUUUUCUCCAGGCGCACAAAUUAAGAAUUUACAAAAUGAAAAAUAAUCCUAUCCAAUCGGUAACAUAUUGCAGAUGUAUAACAGUUUAUAUAUAUUCAUGUAUGUAUAUAUUCAUGUAUGUAUAUAUAUAUGUGUGUAUAGUAUGUAUAGGUGUGUAUGUGUGUGUGUGUGUAUAUAUAAUAUAAUAUAUAUAUAUAUAUAUAUAUAUAUAUGUAUAUAUAAAUUUUUUGCAACAAAAGUUAUACCCACCUUGACAUGGAUGUCUUGUUAGAAUGCUGGAUACUAUGUUAUUAACCUUGAGAGAUCCUUUUAUAUAGGGACAUGGUGCUUUGUUUGCUACAACUUUUGCCUGUGCUUUGAUGCCAUGUGCCUAUAUGAGAGGACAUCUCAGGGCUAAUGAUAUAGUAUUCAGUAUUCUAAUAAGACAUCCAUGUUAAGUUGGAAAUAAAGUUUGCCAUAUAUAUAUAUAUACACACACAUAUAUAUUUACAUGCAUAUACACACAUUCAAUGUAUGACUGAGUACUCAGCAAAAUAACAUAAUAGACUAUUGAUUAUAUAUUUAUACACGCACAUACGUGUGUGUGUAUGCGCUUUUGCAAGUCUGUGAGUAUGUGUGUGCAUGCAUGUGUAUAACUUUGUGUGUUUUUAUAUAUGUAUAUAUAUAUAUAUAUAUAUAUAUA